AGAUGCGAUUUUUGUAGUUGCCGGGCAGGCCGACGGUCUGGAACGUGUUUAGCUUAGCUACUGUCCAUAAAAACAAAAAAACAAAAAAAAAAACAAGCAACAUUCGAAAAAAAUAAACGUUCAAACACACAGAGAGGUUUGACAUCUCUUUCAAUAUUGAAAGUAAAGAUGCCAUCUGCAACCACUGGUGACUAUGCUGUUCAGUCCUCCAGUCCAGAGCUGGGCUCUGCUCCUGUCUCGGCUCCUACCGAGGCCCUGAAGCAAGUGCUGAACAUCAUCGAGAAGAAGGUCCGCAACAUGGAGAAGAGAAAGUCCAAGCUGGAAGACUACAAGACACGGAAGAGCAAAGGAGAGCGGCUAAAUCAGGAUCAGCUGGACGCUUUGUCCAAAGCUCAGGAGGUGGCACACAACUUGGAGUUUGCCCGGGAGCUUCUGAAGAGCUUCUCGUCUUUAAACGUCGAGAUCCAGAAGGCGGUGAAGAAGACGGCGCGGCGGGAGCAGCUGAAGCGCGAUGAGGCUGAGCAGCGGCGCCUGAAGGCUGUGCUGGAGGUUCAGUACGUUCUGGACCAGCUCGGCGAGGAGAGCGUGAGGCAGGAGCUGAGGCAGGUGGAACGGGGGACCGACGGGCCUCUGCUCACCGAAGCCGAGCUUACGGGACUCGACGACUUCUACAAGCUGGUCGGCCCUGAGAGGGACCCCAACAUCAGGCUGACUGAUCAGUUCGAGGAGGCGUCCGUGCAUUUGUGGGAGUUGCUGGAAGGAAGAGACAAAGCUGUGGCAGGAACCACGUACAAGGCCCUUAAGGAGACUUUGGACAAGGUACUGCUCAGCGGUUACUUCGACCAGACGCAAACUUCACACCAGAACGGUGUGUGUGAGGAAGAGGAGGAGGAGCAGCAGCAGCAGCAGCAGCAGCAGCCGCCGCCGCCGCAGCAGCAGCAACCUGCUCCCGCCCCUGCCGAGUCAGCGGAGUGUGAGGAGCAGCCGGCGGAGCCAGAAGGUUCGGUCACUCAAGAAUUCACGGAGCCCAUUGAAGUGGAAGCAACAGAGUUUGUAAACCGAAAGUUCAUUCCAGAAGCCACUUAUAACACCAGUCCUGAAAAAGAGCAAGGAGGGGAAUGGGCCGUAAGCCCCGAGAUCGUAAGCUCCCUCCAGCAGCAGCAGCCUCCUCAGCCUCAGCAGCCUCCUUCCUCGAUGAGCCCGGCUCUGGUGAGCUCGGAGGCCCACUCGCUCGCCCCCGUCCUCUCUCCCGCCUCGGCUGACCCGCUGGUCAGGAAGCAGGCCGUGCAGGACCUCAUGGCACAGAUGCAGGGCACCUACAACUUCAUGCAGGACUCCAUGCUGGAGUUUGACGGACAGUCUCUGGAUCCCGCCAUCGUAUCCGCUCAGCCUAUGAAGUCUGCACAGAUGGUCUGCGCUCCAGGUAAAGAUGGAAACUUGCUCCACAACGCAGCUGGUACAACGGAGUCGUGUUUUUCAGCUCACACAGAAACCCGACUCCCUCAACACAGUACAGUUCCUGUACAUCCAGAACCCACACAAGUUCCGAUGGUGACCCCUCCCACCGAAGCGUACGCCUCUACGCCGCCGCUCUACCAGCCUCCUCACAGCACAGACCCUCGGCCUCAGCCCGACCCCAUCGACCCUCUCCAGGUGUCCAUGCCCCUGUCGUCGGAGCAGCCCCCCGCCCCGUCGUCUCAACCCCAGGCCUUUCAGUCCGUCUCGAAACCCCUGCACAGUGGCAUCAACGUCAACGCCGCACCAUUCCAGUCCAUGCAAGCGGUGUUCAAUCUGAACGCCCCAGUUCCUCCCUCGAAUGAGCUGGAGUCUCAGAAGAUGUCGAGUCAGUAUCAGAGCACUUACACCCAGAGCUUCAGCAGCCAGCCUACACACUCGGUGGAGCAGCAGGAGCUUCAGCAGGAACCUCUCCAGUCAGUUGUCGGAGCGUUCCACUCUCAAGACCAAGGGAUUCCUUCCUCUGGGGGCCACCAGUCGAUGAGCCAGCAGCCGUCGGGUCAGGGCGCGGGGUUCGGGCGCCAGCCUCAGUCUUUCUACGGCAGCCGAGCCAUGCCACGUGGAGGUCCCCGGAACGCCAGAGGGGCCAUGAACGGAUACCGCGGACCAUCCAACGGCUUCAGAGGUGGAUAUGACGGCUAUCGCGCUCCUUUUCCCAACACUCCCAACACUGGUUAUGGACAAACCCAGUUCAGCACUCCACGGGACUACUCGAGCAGCACCUACCAGCGGGAAGGAUAUCAGCAGAGCUUCAAGAGAGGAGCUGCCCAGGGAGCUCGAGGUAGCUCUCGAGGACGGGGCGGACUGUACAAACCCGGCCGAGGGAUGAGCGCCAUGGCUGCUGUCCAGACUAGCUGAUCCUAAACACCUUCCUCGUCCUCGGCAACCCGCUCACCAGACUACUCUCCAUCUCCAUCAGUCCGUGUAGCAAGGUGUUUGGGUACACACACACACACCCACACCCCAAGCCAUACCACUCCUAACUAACUUCAAGCUGUAUGUUAUAAAGCUUUGUCAUGCAAUCGCACGCUGUCGAUAGCCUUAAUUCUGUAAAGGAGGAACGUCUGUGCCUUUUUAUUUGUUUCGGAGUUUAAAAUUGGACCAGGUUUGAUGACGGUUCGUCUAUAAUACACAAACGUAGCCAAAAAAAGAAUGUGAAGUAUGAUCUGUACUGUAAUGUAAUAUGUGUGUUUCUUUAAUCUGCACCGUACUAACGACCACCUGAUGAGUGCUUCGUAGAAUUAAACGUCUUUCAGUAGAGCUGUGGUGACUGUGGUGGAUCUUUUUGGAGAAAAAUAAAUAAGCACAUGAUUAACUAACA